UGACCCCAAAAACAACCAAUAAACGAUGCUCACAAACGCUGGGUGGGCUUGAGAGAGAGAGAGAGAGAGAGAGAGUGUGUUACCAGGUUCUGCCUCCUACCCAUGACAAAUCAUUUAUUAGUUUAGCAUCUCUUGUUCUCUCUCCCAAGAACCCUGAAAUUUCUAUACCCAUUGAAUGAAAUUGUUUCUUUGUCCAAGGAAUUUUGAAAUUUGAAGAGCAACAUACAGCCAUUGAAAAUCCUAUUAACCUUUUUGUUUCCUUGUUUUUAAUGCAAACGUCAUAUCGUUUUCUCUCUCGCCUUUACCAUUGCCGCCCCCAUAAGCACACUUCCUCCGUUUCUUCUUCCAUUUUAUGGAACAAGGACUUGAUCUUCUUAUUAACCCAACACAAUAACAAUGAAAAUCCCAACACUAACACUGGUUUAGAAGGCAAUUUUGCCAAGCAAGUUUUUAGUUUUAGUUCCUUUACUCAGUCUCGUUGUUUUUUCACUUCUAACUCUUCUAACAAAUUCUUAUUCUUGGGUUUGGUUUCUUUUGAUAAUCAGAGUUAUCAUCACUACUCAACUCGUCGUAAUUUUUUCACGAGGGCUAAACAAGUAAAGAAGAUCGAAAUCAAUGAUCAACAUAGUCAAAGAGCAGUCAAAACUGCAUUGUGGUGCAACUUCCUUGUUUUCUCUCUCAAGUUUGGGGUCUGGUUAGCAAGCUCUAGUCAUGUAAUGUUGGCUGAAGUUGUGCAUUCAGUUGCAGAUUUUGCAAACCAGGUUCUCCUUGCAUAUGGUUUGAGUAGCUCAAAGCGUGCACCAGAUGCUCUUCAUCCCUAUGGCUAUUCAAAGGAAAGGUUUGUUUGGUCCUUGAUAUCUGCUGUUGGAAUAUUUUGUCUUGGUUCUGGAGCUACAAUUGUUCAUGGAGUUCAGAACUUGUGGACUUCACAUCCCCCUGCAAACAUUCAAUAUGCAGCUCUAGUGAUUGGUGGUUCAUUUAUCAUUGAAGGUGCUUCUCUUCUAGUUGCCAUACAAGCUGUGAAGAAAGGUGCAGCGGCAGAGGGAAUGAAAGUGAGAGACUAUGUUUGGCGUGGUCAUGAUCCCACAUCUGUUGCAGUCAUGACAGAGGAUGGCGCUGCAGUAACUGGACUUGCUAUUGCUGCUGCAUCUCUGGUUGCAGUAAAUACGACGGGGAAUGCAAUUUAUGAUCCUAUAGGUUCAAUUAUUGUCGGAAACAUUCUUGGGAUGGUGGCUAUAUUUCUCAUCCAGAGGAAUCGACAUGCUUUGAUUGGUAGAGCGAUGGAUGACCAUGACAUGGAGAAGGUUCUUCGUUUUUUGAAAAAUGACCCGGUUGUAGAUUCUUUAUAUGAUUGCAAAAGUGAGGUUAUUGGACCUGGAUUCUUUAGAUUUAAAGCAGAAAUAGACUUUAACGGAGUGGUGGUCGUGCAGAAUUAUCUAAGUAGGACUGGACGUGCAGAGUGGGCCAGACAGUUUCAUGAAGCUGCAAAGGAGAAGGAUGAUAGGGCGUUGCUCAAGAUCAUGUCAAACUAUGGUGAGGAAGUAGUUACUGCUUUAGGAAGUGAGGUUGAUAGGCUUGAAAAGGAGAUCCAGGAACUUGUUCCUGGUAUUCGGCAUGUUGAUAUAGAAGCUCACAAUCCAACAUGACAAACCCCAUGAUUUUAAUGUUCAUACAUCAGUAUCUUCUUGUCUUUCUAUAUUAUAUACUGCUUCGAUGAAUAUCAUGCAUGGCAGAUUAUAGGCUUUUUGGAUAUUUGUGCUAUCUACCAUGCAAAUUUUUAUAGUGAGACCCCAAAUCUGUUAAGAUAUUGCUAGCUCUCCUGUAAUUGGUAUAUUAUAAGAAUAUGUCACCUUUGAUAUUGUCUGGAUUCUGAAAGGAAGUGUGAUUCGUUUGAGCAAA